AUGAAGCGUCAUUUUAUCACAAUAAUUUGUUUAUUAUUGGUUGGUUUAUCUGAAGAAGUGGAACAUGUCGCAUUCGUCAUUGUAAGCCAAAAUAACGACUAUAACGAUGCAUUGGCAAAGGAACUUGAACGGAACUUGGAAGCACAAUCACAAGAAAUGCAAAUUGACAAGCCAGAAAUCUACAUUUCCAAUAAAGUAUUUGAUGCCAGCGCAGAUUGGAUCAUAGCUCCCAUUAUAGCGCAAAUUUUGGAUAAAAUCGACAAGAAUUGCCGAUGGAUUGUUUUUUUGGAAGAUCGCACAACAGUUUCUUUAAAACUGCUCUUAGAUGCACUGAAUAAAUGGGAUUUCAAUAAUGAAACAUGGAUAGGACAUGCUUCAUACGACUCCGAUGCAACCAUUAUACAUCAUUUUGCCUUUCAUGGGGAUCCAAAGUUUUUCAAGUAUCCGAAUUUGGCUUCUGGGAUGGCUUUGAGUAUCCCAUUAUUGAAAAGACUGAGACACCGUUUAGAGAAAGGAUACAAACAACCAGAUUUUUUCAUCGAUCCGGCACACGAAUUUUCACUUUUUGUAUAUGAAGAUGGAAGAGGCCUGAUGAUCCAACAUGAACCAUUAUUCUGCUCCAAAGAGGAACCUAAUUGUGCAACUUAUCCCCACAAAUUUCAAUCUUGUGAAAUGCAGGAUUACAAUGGUAUUUCAUCAAUCUUUUUUGCCAUCAAAACAUGCCAAAAAUUCCACGACGAGAGACUGCGAGUUGUCCAAAAAACCUGGUUAGAAUACACCGUAAAUACUGCUAUUUUUAGCGAUGUUACUGAUUCAGGAAUUCCAACAUUAUCAUUGGACGUGCCAAACACAGAACAAGGCCAUUGCCAAAAGACAAUGGCAAUUCUUCAAUAUGCAUUAAAAAUAUUUGAUAACAACAGAAAGUUACGGUGGCUUGUUUUGGUUGAUGAUGACACUAUUUUAAGUGUAUCAGGAAUACUCAAUUUAACUAAUUGCUACCAGAACGCAACUCGAUCCCUAAUUUUAGGAGAAAGAUAUCGGUUUGGAGUUCAUGGCUUUAACUACCCCACUGGUGGAGCAGGGAUUGUGAUCAACAGGCAGGCACUGGAAAUACUAGCGAAAGCAUGCCAAUGCAUGCGUCCUGAUUCCCCAGACGAUAUGGUGAUAGGAGCUUGUGCCCUGGAACAUGGGCUAACGUUGGUUCAUAUACCUCAGUUGCAUCAGGCUCGUCCGGAUGACUAUGCUCCAGGACGUUUAGCAGUCAAAGAUGCCAUUAGUUUUCAUAAACAUUGGAUGAUCGAUCCGAUAAAAACAUACAAGCAGUGGUUUUUAGCAAAUGACGAAAGAAUGUUCAAACCAUCCCUUAAGACAGAAUUGUAA